UACUAAGACAUCCCUAUCACAAACAUUUAUGUUUCCUCCGGCACGUACAACGACUUAAUCAGAUCACAUAUGCAGUCUCUUGGCUAUAAAUUUGUGGACCAAAAUCGAAGCCCAUGUGUGUUUUCUAAUUUUCAUAUGCAAUCCAUCAGGCAGUCUCUCUCUUUCCAUUUUAAGCUAAUUACCUAGCAAUGGGACCCGCGAACCGGCUAGUUCUCUUGGCUGUGAUCAUCCUCGCACUGGGAGCUCAUCCUUCCCAGGCCACAUCCCGUGCGCUCCUCGAUGCAUCCAUGCACGAGAGGCAUGAGCAGUGGAUGGCCCAGUAUGGUCGCACCUACAGCGACAAUGCUGAGAAGGAGAGGCGGUUUCAGAUAUUCAAGGAGAAUGUGGUCCGCAUCGAGUCCUUUAAUGCUAUCGGGGAUAAGCCUUACGAGCUGAGCAUCAACAGGUUCACGGAUCUCACCAAUGAGGAGUUCAGGGCCAUGCAUAAUGGGCUUAAGGUGCCUGAUGUCAUCGGGGCCACCCUGGGAAGUACCCCUUUUGAGUACGGUAAUGUGACUUCCGUGCCUUCUUCCGUCGAUUGGAGGGAGAAAGGAGCUGUAACUCCCAUCAAGAACCAAGAAGAAUGUGGAUGCUGUUGGGCAUUCUCUGUCGUGGGUGCCGUGGAAGGAAUCCAUGCAAUAACGACCGGCAAGCUGGUUUCCCUGUCCGAGCAAGAGCUGGUCGACUGCGAUGUCGGCAGCGAGAACCAGGGCUGCAACGGUGGCUGGAUGGACUCAAGCUUCGAGUUUGUGGUGCAGCACGGCCUGACCUCUGAGGCCAACUACCCCUACGCGGCUGCUGACGAGAUGUGCAAUGUCAAGGAAGAGUCUGAGCCUGUGGCAAGGAUAAGCGGCUACAAGGACGUGCCUGCCAAUGAUGAGGAGGCUCUCAUGAAGGCUGUCUCUUUCCAGCCUGUCUCUGUUGCCAUCGACGCUAGUGGGUUCGAGUUUCAGUUCUAUAAGGGCGGCAUAUUCAAAGGGCCCUGCGGAACGGUGAUGGACCAUGCUGUUCUUGUGGUCGGAUAUGGGACAACUGAGGAUGGGGUCAAGUAUUGGCUGGUGAAGAACUCGUGGGGCACUGAGUGGGGCGAGCACGGUUAUAUACGGAUGCAGAGGCUCGUCAAAGCCAAGGAAGGUCUCUGCGGCAUCGCAAUGAAGGCUUCCUAUCCCACAGCUUAAUAUGAGUAUGUCCCUAUUGAUGAUGUUAUGAUCUAAAUUACUCCAGUAUAUUGUGCGUCUCAAUAGAAAUCAAUACUGUAAACACCAAACACAUCUAUAGAUGAAUAUUUACUUUCA